AUGUAUUUAUUUGAAACAAUUCCAAACUACAUGAUAUUUAUAUACAGGUCUUUGGGAAUCGUCCAAUUUUGUCCAGAAACUUCUAAUAAAAUCGUCAAGGUAUUUCCUUACUUCUUUUACGUUUCGUUACAUCUGUAUUUUCUACACACUUGUUUCAAAUUUCCCUCCGACUAUAUGACUCUCACUUUCACUGGUCUUUUUCACUACAUUGACUUGUUAUCAACUGUUGGAAACGUCUUAUCGAUGAUAACAUCACUGGUCAUGUUUCACAAAAGAAACAAACAACUCAAAUUUCUCUUGAAGGAAACCGACAAACUUGAAAUUUACACAAAUGAAAAGUCGCGCUUUAGUUGCAUACAAAUUUUGCUCUUUGCCAGCAUAAUAGGUCUCAUUUUAACACCCUUCUCCAAAGAACUACCGUUAAAUUUAUCAUUUUUUUAUUUCAUACCACUGUUUAUCAAUAUUUUUGAUCACAUAUUCCUGGGCGAUAUUCUAAAGUUUGUUUCAUUUAAAUUCGAUAUGAUAAAUGACCAUUUGCGAACCCAAAUCAAAACCGACGAUGAAGACACCAAAACGAACAUUCGACGAGUCCAAGAACUGUCGCUUUUUCAUUACAAUUUGGUCGGUUUAAUAAAAAAAAUUACUGGUCUUUUUGAAAGCACAACAUUGGCAGCAAUGUGGCUGUGGUUUGGGUACAUGGUCGAGAGUUGUUACCAAAUUGUGCAACUCCUUGUUCAUGGAAAUUCUUCCUUUUGGGCGAUUUUCGCGUUGAAUUGUUGUUUUGGUCUUACUCAAAUUCUAUGGUUGUGUUUUCUACUACAAAGAUUCACAACGACUCAAAACAAGGCUAACUUGACUGCGUCUUAUUUACACGAAAUUUGGAAUAAAUAUUCGCAAAAAGGGAAAAUUGACCCCAAUGUGCGUUAUCUUCAAUUAAUUGCCAUUCGAUUUUACAACACCAAAGUGAGGUUUACUGCAAAGGAUUUUUUUAAUCUGGAUUGGACUUUUGGGCAUUUGAUGAUUGCGGCGGUUGCCACCUAUGUGGUAAUCCUGGUCGAGAUUGAAAUCUAA